AUGCAGCAAAAGCUGAUUAUCGACACGGACGCUGGCGUCGAUGACGCGGUUGCGAUUCUGCUGGCGUUGAAUUGGCCUGGGGCGGAAAUCCUCGCCAUCACGACGGUCGCCGGCAAUGUGGACGAGAGCCAAGUCGCGGUGAAUGUCGCCAAGAUCCUCGCAUUCACGGGGUGCUCGUCCAUCCCAAUCUACCGCGGCGCAGAGUCGGCCAUCAUUGCGUCGCGCGCAGACUCCAAGACGUGGGCGGGCCAUGGCGUCGACGGCCUGGGCGACGUGCCAAUCGACCUGCUCACGCCGCACCAGCACCUCGUCCCGCACCGCGCUCCGAUGGGCAUGGGCAUUGCAAGUGGAAGGCCAGCCCAAGUCACUGCGAGUCACCAGCUCAUGCACGCACACCCGGACGCCACCUUGGUCAUGAUUGGACCGUUGACCAACUUGGCGCUCGCCCUGCGUCUCGACCCGAGCCUCGCCGACGCCAUCAAUGCGCGCCCCAACCGCUUGGUGAUUAUGGGCGGAAGCAUUGCCGGCGCGGGCAACGUCACCAUGGCGGCCGAGUUCAACUUUCACCAAGACCCCGAGGCCGCGUACAUGGUCUUGGCUGCGUGCACCAACCCGGCCUCCACCGUCAUUGUGUCGCUCGAAUGCUGCCAAGAAGAUACCCUGACUUGGGAGCACUUUGACCGCUUUGUCGAAAGCGAAACCGUGUUUGCCAAGCUGCUGCAGCUCGUGACGCAGCCGUACGUUCGCAUUUGUCGUCGUCGAGGGGUUGCCGGCGAUGCCACCGCGACGGCUGUCACUUCGGUUGUGCCCUCUCAGGCAUCCAACAGCAAGAAGAACCCGUCAGAAAAGCCAACUGCUGAAGCGAACGACUCGGUGAUGACCACGGUGACCACCACAACCACCACGACCACCACCACCGCCGCCGCCGCUGCCAACAACAGCACCAACAGCAACAACAACCAUUUGGCGGCCACCGAUCCAGCACGAACCACGCCGCAAGCCGUUCUCGGCCAAGACCCUGCGACCGAGCAGGUUUCUCUGGCUGCGAUGCGCGCUGCGGCUGGCUCGAUUGCCUCUGCCCUCGACGUCCACGACGACGACGGACGCUUCACACCGUACGAUGCAUUUGCCAUCGCCAUUGCGCUCAAGCCGAGUCUUGUCCGCGAGAGCGAGCACAUUUUUGGCACCAUCGAGCUGGGCGGCCAGCUGACUCGUGGCAUGCUCGUGCUGGACCGCAUGCGAAAGUUUUCACCGCCCAACAUUUGCAUCGUCCGCCGGCUGCGCACUCAAGAGAUGGUUGAGAUGAUGAUUCGCACCUUCCACGAAUGA